AGCUUGCGCCGUGAUUCGUUGUUCGCUGCUGUCCGGUUAGGUUGCACGGUGACGAGUCGAAGGAAAAUGAUCGGAGACUUUCUGCUGUUCGGUACCUUGCUGAUGAAUGCAGGAGCUGUGCUGAACUUCAAACUAAAGAGAAGAGAGCUACAGGGUUUUGGAGAUGAUGGCCGUGAAACGACAACAGGUGAUAACAUCAAAGAUUUCCUGCUGAGUCUGCGCUACUUUCGGAUCUUCAUUGCCUUGUGGAAUAUCUUCAUGAUGUUCUGUAUGAUUGUAUUAUUUGGAUCGUGAAGCUUCCCACUGCAGUGAAAGUGAUGCAAUUCAGGACGGAUCCCGGACUUGAAUUUUUAGCAGGCCCUUUUCCUUUUCCCAAUAAUUUCCACAUUUGUUCAGUCUUGAGGGACAAGCAAGUGUUUUUUCACAUUUACGAUUGUACAUAUUCAGAGUUAGUGUUCUAUAACAGCAGCUACAGAAGUAGUAGCAACUAUCUCGUGUAACAGUCCCAAAAUGUUCACCCUAUUGAUAAGUCAUGUGUUUAAGGAGUUUCCCACAUACUUUCACACUGCACAAUGGAAAGACUUGCUUGUUGAUAUUUAUCCAUAUAGUUCUAUUGUAGUUUAUCCCAGUUAAAUCCUGAUCCAGACCUAGAAAGUCAGGCAUGCUGUGGAAUUCUACCAGGGCAAAUACUUAGUGAAUAUUAAAGUUAAGUUGAGUACAUAAACAGUUUGUUGCUACCUUGGCAAAUUAAUUCUGGAAAAUAAUUUAAGUGGGAAAAUUUUGUUGGUAUUUAAAUAGAAUACUUUCAUAUAACAAUUGGCAGUUCAAACUGUAAGUGCACCAUUUGCAAUCACACAUGAACUGUACAAAACACAAUCUGCAAAUUUAGAAAGCAAUGUGCCAAUAUUAUUACACUGGUCCUGACUGGCUCAGAAAUAAGAGCUAAUUAACUGGCAUGUUGACUCCAGAUGUGAUGGACUUGGUUUGUGUUGAAGCCUCUGCUAAUCUGUAACACCCACACAAUGCACCAUCUUUCAGUGAUAUUUUUAAUGUGAAUUUUAGCUUUUUUCCUCCCAGAUAUCAAUGUGAUGUGUGCAAUGGGAGAGUAAAUACAGUGAAAGUGACUUUUGAAACUGCAACAUAAAAAAAAUCAAUUCUUUUGAAAUUUUGCAAUAGAAAUUUAUUCAAAUUUAUCCUGAUGAUAUGUCUCUAGCCAUUAAUCUGCUUCUGCAUACAUAGAAGAAUUGAUUGGCUUUCCUUUGUAUGAGUGAGUUAUGAAGCUGAGGUGCAACAUUAUCCUAAGGAGGAAGUCUCCUCACAGCUUUAAACUUGUCAUAAUUGUGCUCAUUGCUCGCAGAUUUUUUAACCAGCAUUUAACCAACAUCAAGUCAAUGAAAUAAUACUUUAAUGGACCACAGUUUGUCACCAAAGAGUUAAUCACGUGCUGUUGCCUGCAAUAAAUCAGUGACUAUAAUGAUAAUGUUAAUGUCCUAUGCCUCAAUAUUUUAAUUUAGCCACCCUGAUCCAAAAUGUUGCGGUUGAGAAGUGUGGUGCUGGAAAAGCACAGCAGGUUAGGCAGCUUCCAAACAGCAGGAGAGUCCAUGUUUUGGCAUAAGCCCUUCAUCGGGAAUGUCUGAUAUGUCGACUCUCCUACUCUUCGUAUGUUGCUUGACCGAUUCCAAAAUGUUAAGCCACUGUCUUCAAGAUUAGUGCUUUUUGAUUGCCUUACAAAUGGAAAACUUUCAAAAUGUGACUAACCCUUUGGUCAACCAGUGAUUUGUGCAGCAAGGGUUUAUUAGAAAUUCUGUCCAGAAUUUAUGCAUUUGUCAUUCUCAAGGCAAUAGUUCUACCUCCCCAUAAUGCUUGAAAACUAAAAGGAGUAACACUGUUGUAUAGUGACAGGACAAUGGGGAUCUGUGGUGUCUGCAGAUGACAUUGGAUAUACCAUGAUCUAAUAGGUGAAUGGAAAAAUCAAUCACAGAAAUAACCUUUUAAAGAUGUCGUGAGAGCGAACACCAUUUUGACUUGAGAACAAGAAUUGUUAAUCUGCUCUCUUCACUAUCUUCACAUCAUGGCUACAGUUAAAUGCUAGAGAUUGGGUUGGUGUAGCAAGCUACAUGCUUACAAAUUCUGCUUUGCCACUGAGGUUUGCAGUAGUCUCCAUAAACAUUACCGUUUGCACCAUUAAAAUGAAACUAAACUUGAAGCUGUAAACUUAUACAGUGAGCACAAAUUGUAAUAUAAAAACCUCUCAUAUUGAUAUAAAAUCUUUUCAAUUUCUAGAAAGCUGUUGAAAUAAAAUUUUGCUGAGUAUAA